AUGGACAUUUUAUAUGCGACUAUCUGGAAGCUGACUUUAUUCCACCUCAUUCUGGCAUUGUACUUCCAUGACAACAGAUGCAAACUGGAUAUGUCAGAGAUGAAGGGGACAACAAAGAUGGGAGACAUCAUGGUUGGCUUCAUUAUACCGUUGUAUCUAGACAAGGUCUAUGAACAAGUCUCCUUUACAGACAGGCCACCGAAAACUACCUGUGCUCUGUUUCACUUUGAAAAUUAUCAGCAGUUCCAGGCUUUAAUAUUUGCUGUAAAUGAGAUCAAUGAGAAUCCCAACAUCCUUCCAAAUGUUACCUUGGGAUUUCAGGCCUACGACUCCUGCAGCGAUCUUCAUCUUGAUUUAAAGGGUAGUCUACAAAUGCUUACUGGACAGAGUCUGGCCAUCCCAAACUAUCGAUGUAAUGAGGCACCCCUAAGUUCUAUUAUUGGUGCAUCUAUUUCCACACAUUCAAUUGCCAUGGCUCACAUUUUGGGGCUCUAUAGAUACCCACAGGUAAGCCAUUUUUCUACAAGUCCACUUCUGAGUGACCGGACCAAGUUUCCAUCUUUUUUCCGAACUGUACCUAGUGACAUGUUUCAGUCUAAAGGUCUGUCAGAGCUGGUGCUCCACUUUGGUUGGACAUGGAUUGGCUUGUUGGCCUUGGAUAAUGACUAUGGUCAGCAGGGAAUUCAACUGGUACGAAAGGGAAUCCUUGAGGCAGGAGCAUGCGUGGCCUUCAUGAAAAACAUUCAAAUUGAUAGACCAGAUCGCAAUGCUCCUAGCAUUGUUGUGGAUAUGAAAAAGUCCACUGCCAAAGUUAUUGUUGUCUUUUCUGAUGCUAUUAACUUACUUCCCAUUGUGGAUGAAAUGAUAAAACAAAAUGUCGCUAACAAAAUGUUUGUAGCCAGUGAAGCAUGGGCCACCUCCAGCCUUUUCUCCACAUAUCCAUAUUCAAGUUUACUUUCUGGUACCAUUGGGAUAGCCCUUUACAGUGGAACUAUUCCAGGGUUUAGGGAUUUCCUCAACAAGAACCAUCCCUACAUGGAUCCACAGGACUAUUGGGUGAAAGACUUUUGGGAGAAAGUAUUUAACUGCAAAUUGGUGACUCAGAAGAACAGAACAGAUUCUUUAGUCACUGUGAAAAAUAAAUGCACAGGAAAUGAAAAUCUGGAGGAGAUUCAUAAUAGUUACAAUGAUGUCUCUGGCCUGCGGGUGACCUACAAUGUCUACACUGCCGUCCAUGUUAUUGUCAGAGCCUUGGAAGAUCUCAGAAGCUGCAACACAACAAAAGGAUCAUUCUCUCCUAACAUUUGUGAAGAUGUUAGGAAUUUCAACCCAUGGCAGCUUCUGCGCUAUGUGAAGAAAGUGACGGUGAAGCUGAGUACCGGGAGAGAGCUUUACUUUGACCAAAAUGGUGACCCACCAGCAGCCUAUGACAUUGUGAACUGGCAGCUGAGCCCAGAGGGCACCAUAAGCCACAUGAAGAUCGGCAGUUAUGACUCCACCCAAGAUAAGCCAUUUACCAUUGAUUCAAAAUCCAUGAGUAUACAUUUGUUCUUUCUCCAGGUACCUACCUCAGCCUGCAGUGAUAGCUGUCCAUCAGGAUUCAGGAAGGUCUCUAUAGAAGGACAACCAAUCUGUUGCUUCCAGUGUGUGCCCUGCCCACAGGGAGAGAUCUCCAACCAGACUGAUUCUCUUGAUUGUUUAAAAUGUCCAUGGGACCAAUGGCCAAAUUCUAAUAGGUCAACAUGUCUCUUGAAGAACAUAGAGUAUCUUUCAUAUGAAGAUCCAUUGGGAGCUGCAUUUGCAUUUAUCAGUGUCGGGUCCUUCCUGGUUCCUGUUGGUAUUUUGCGUCUUUUCAGCCUACAUAAGACCUCCCCCAUUAUUAAGGCAAACAACUACUUUCUAAGUUGUCUUCUUCUAGCAUCUCUCUCCCUUUGCUUUCUCUGCUCUUUGGCCUUUAUUGGUUAUCCAAGAAAUGACAGCUGCUUCAUGAGACAGACUACCUUUGGUAUGGUCUUUACCCUCUGCAUUUCGUGUAUCCUGGCAAAAACUAUAACAGUUAUUUUUGCUUUUGCUGCCACCAAACCAGCCAGUAGACUGAGUAAGUGGACCAAGCCUCAAGUGACGUACAUCAUAGUUUUUCUCUGCUCACUCAUACAGUUCAUAUUGUGUGUCUCUUGGCUAGCCCUUAGCCCACCAUACUCUCAGUACAACCUUCAAGAAAAACCUGGAGCAAUUAUUGUUGAAUGUAAUCAAAACUCUUCUGUUGCCUUUUGGACCAUGCUAGGUUACCUUUUUCUCUUGGCCACCAAGAGUUUUAUUGUUGCUUUCUUGGCCAGGAGCCUCCCGAACACUUUCAAUGAAGCCAAGUUAAUUACCUUCAGCAUGUUGGCCUUCCUUAGUGUCUGGAUCUCCUUCAUUCCAGCCUAUCUCAGUUCUUCAGGGAAAUAUACUGUUAGUUUAGAAAUCUUUGCCAUCCAGUCAUCAACUUGGGCACUAAUUAUCUGUAUCUUUUUACCAAAAUGUUAUAUCAUAUUGUGGAGACCAGCCUUGAAUUCCAGAGAAUGUGUUAUCGGCAAAGGAAGAAAGAGAGAUGUAUAGGAGGGGUAUAUACAAACUGGCAUUCAGCUUACUAUUUUCAAACUGAUUUACAAAAAUCCAAAUUGGCUAAGACUAAUUUUUAAGGUUUAUCUUUGUAAUUGUUUAUUCUCACCUGCAUGUACAGUAUAGUGAUUUAAACUUGU